CUUUCUCGGUGGCUGCGGGACAUGGGGCUGGUAUGAGUCAGCACCACUGGACAACAGAGCCUCCAAAGUCUUUGAACUUCAAAUUGGAAAACACUUGGAUCUGCCACCAGGAGAAAAAGAUAAUCAUCAAGCUUGUGGAUUCACCAAGAACUAAUUAUGAGAGAAAAAGACCGAAGACCAUCACUUGAUGCCAGACAGCACUGAGACAUGGUUGCCAGGAAUUGAUACUCCACAGGAAUGGGACGUGAACCUUGCUGGAAGCUCAAGGCUAAAUGAUGAAAAUAUUUCCUGCGAAGCUUAAGAAUUCCUCUGUGGAAGCAUCCCCAAGCACCUUUAACUAGAAAGUAAGGAAAAGUAUGACAGAGCCCUCUGGGUGACUCAAGUGUGAAGACCUCCGCAUUCACCAGAAGACCCAAGAUGGAUCGGCUUCAAAGCACGACCAUCCCGAUAUUCCUUGAGAAGUGGGGCUUGGGGGAGUCACCAUCUGGCUGCAGGAGACAUUAUAACGUCAGAAAAAAACUGAAGUUCAUUAGAAUCAUAGGACUUUUCCUGGGCCUGCUAGCCAUCAGCACUGUCCCAUUUUCAAUCAGUGCCUUUUCUGAGACAGAGACUCAGAGCCCAGGAGAAGCCAAUGGUCUAAGUGGCCCAGGGGUAGUACACGGUUACCGUCAAAGAACUCUCUUAGACCUAAAUGGCAAGAUUCUGGAUUCCACUGAACAGCCCCCUGUGAUUCAGGAAGGCAAACUGGAGAACACUACAGAGCAUGCCGAAGGGGACUACCCCAAAGACAUCUUCUCCCUUGAGGAGCGAAGAAAAGGAGCCAUCGUUCUCCAUGUCAUUGGCAUGAUCUACAUGUUCAUAGCCUUAGCCAUUGUCUGUGAUGAGUUCUUUGUCCCUUCUUUGACUGUCAUCACCGAAAAACUGGGCAUCUCUGAUGAUGUGGCCGGAGCCACCUUCAUGGCUGCGGGGGGCUCAGCCCCAGAACUCUUCACGUCUCUCAUUGGGGUCUUUAUUGCCCACAGCAAUGUUGGCAUAGGCACAAUCGUGGGCUCCGCAGUGUUCAACAUCCUCUUCGUGAUUGGCAUGUGUGCACUGUUUUCUAGAGAAAUCUUAAACCUGACCUGGUGGCCACUCUUUCGGGAUGUGUCCUUCUACAUUGUCGACUUGAUCAUGCUGAUCAUUUUUUUCCUGGAUAAUGUUAUCAUGUGGUGGGAGAGCUUGCUUCUAUUAUCGGCUUAUUUUGCCUAUGUGAUUUUCAUGAAAUUCAACGUCCAAGUCGAAAAAUGGGCGAAGAAAAUGAUAAGCCGCAACAAAGUCGUCAAGGUGACAGCGCCAGAGGCCCAAGCCAAGUCAUCUACAACCAGGGACAAGGAUGAGCAGGCUCUACCGACUAAGCCACGUCUCCAGCGGGGUGGAAGCUCUGCCUCUCUCCACAACAGUCUCAUGAGGAAUAGCAUCUUCCAGCUCAUGAUACAUACCCUGGACCCACUCGCUGAAGAACUUGGAUCAUACGGAAAGCUAAAAUAUUAUGACACAAUGACUGAAGAAGGGCGCUUCCGAGAAAAGGCUUCCAUUCUCCAUAAGAUCGCCAAGAAGAAAUGCCAGGGGGAUGAGAACGAGAGGCAGAACGGGGCUGCCAACCACGUGGAAAAAAUCGAGCUGCCAAACAGCACCAGCACCGAAGUCGAGCUGACUCCACCCAGCGAUGCUUCGGAGCCUGUACAAAACGGGAACCUCUCGCACAGCAUCGAGCCUGCGGAAGCCCAGACCACGGAGGCAGUGGAGGAGGAGGAUGACCAGCCACUGAGCCUGGCCUGGCCCACCAACCCCCGCAAGCAAGUCACGUUCCUGAUCGUCCUCCCCAUCGUGUUCCCUCUCUGGAUCACCCUACCGGAUGUUCGCAAACCUUCCAUGAAGAAGUUCUUUCCUAUCACGUUCUUCGGCGCCAUCUCCUGGAUUGCGGUGUUCUCCUACUUGAUGGUCUGGUGGGCACACCAGGUUGGAGAGACCAUUGGCAUCAGUGAGGAGAUUAUGGGCCUGACCAUCCUGGCUGCUGGCACUUCCAUCCCUGAUCUGAUCACCAGCGUCAUCGUGGCCCGGAAGGGGCUGGGGGACAUGGCCGUGUCCAGCUCUGUGGGAAGCAAUAUUUUCGACAUCACGGUAGGGCUCCCCCUGCCCUGGCUUCUGUACACCAUCAUCCACAGGUUCCAGCCAGUGGCCGUGAGCAGCAACGGCCUCUUCUGCGCCAUCGUCCUCCUCUUCAUCAUGCUGCUCUUCGUCAUCCUCUCCAUCGCCCUCUGCAAAUGGCGGAUGAACAAAGUGCUGGGCUUCAUCAUGUUCGGCCUCUACUUUGUGUUCCUGGUGGUCAGCGUCCUUCUAGAAGACAGAAUCCUCACGUGCCCUGUCUCCAUCUAGCAGGAAAAGCCAUACCUGGGAGCAGGAGCCUGGAUGGCCCCUUCCCGCGCUGGACUCCAGGCUCCUGGGCCUCUUGAGAAGAGGCAGCUGGCUCACCGCUCUGAGGGGUUCAAGUGUCUCUCCCCAAAGGCAGAUUUGAGGAGCGAUGGAUUACACUGGGCCCAUGCAGUCUCCAGGCUACUUUCACGCCUGCGGACUGGAACGGCUUCCUGUAAGAGACACAGAGAACCGUCAACUGGGGGCUUCCCGCCAUUCACCACUGACAGGUACUCCUCGCUGGCCGGAGGUACACUCACUGUAAGGCAGGCCACGGCAGAGGCGCUAUACGUAAUAUACAUAUUAUAAAUACGUACACACAGAACCCACCCCUGCCUGUUCCUGUCCUAUGCCUCCCCUUGCACACCUAUAGAUUAAUAUAUACCUGUAGACAGACACAAAGGAAGAAAAAAUUAUAUACAUAAAUAUAUAAUUUUAUAUAAAUAUAUAAGUACAACUGCAUCUUUUCAGGGAUAGCUCUAGUAUAUUUAUAGUACCUAUUUGAAGAGGGGCAUCAACCUUCAGUCUGGGCUUUACUGUUAGCACGAGAGUGAUCUAGUGCAAUGAAGAGAUGGAGGCAGCAUUGCUGUGCCCUUCAGCUCCCUUGGACUUACCUGGCUAUUGCAUGAUAAAGCUGAGGUUUGGGGAAAAUACUAGGUUACAGGGUAGGGCUUGAUGUGGAGGCUUCAAGUUGAAUUCUCCAAAAUCUUCCCACAAGCCAAGCAGGGCAGAUGAUCUCCACCCCCACCCCCCCAGGGGGCACUGUUCGAAACCUACAGAGUUACCUGGGACAGAACAGAGUUAAAGCCCAGACCACUUUGAGGGCUGACGGAGGGUGACCAGGGUGGUAGUGGUUUUGUUUGGGUUUUCCCCUUAUCUUGCCCCAGCAUGCAAGUAGAAAAUAUGACUGCGAGCCAAAUUAGUGCUAUCCUCGGACAGGAACACUAUAUCAACUGAUCCUGUGCUGUUCUGAUGCAUGUCCCACUAUCAUCAACAGAAGGGGGCAGAUUUUGCUGUGAUUCUCAUCUCGAUGUACUUUGAUGCUCAGGGCUCACAUAUAGUUCAUAUGGCCACCAAGCAGCCCAGUUGUUUGAUAAGGAAUCUCAUCCAGUAGUUGGGGCGCAAUAGGACUUGCCGCCCAGUGGAAUGCAAGAGCUUGGUCCUUCAAACCAUGGUCAUGCAGCACGGUCAUAAAGGGCUCCAGUGGCAGAAGAGAUCGUCCGUUCUCUGGUCGAGCUCAGUGAACUAUGAUGGGGACUGUUUGUUUGGAAAGGCAGUGUGCACACAGCGCAUCCCAGGAAGGGUUCUGAGUCCUGGGUGAGGUCCUGCCCAGUCCAGCCCUUGGCUAAGGCAGCAUCUCUCGUUCUAUCUGGAGCGCAUCUAGGACUCUUUUUAGCCUAUAAUGAUUAGGCUCGACAGCUGCUUUAACUAGGUUCCAGCCCAUCUCGCUUCCUGAUUUUGCUCAGCGUGACCUAAGAGGCUGUGUUUCGGCCGUUCAGUAACCCUGCGUGCUCCCUUCUCUGAUUUUGCAGCUCUGUGCCAGCAGAGAAUAAGCCAGCAGAAGGGGUGGGUAGGGGCUGAAGGGAGAAGCAAAUUCAGUUUGUUUUAAGAAGAUGGAAGACUUUUGGUUGUCACAAGUCAUGCUUACAUUUCAAUCCCUUGAAAGACAACGCCAGAAGCUUGGUCUAGAGAAGAAAGCACUGAGAUUAAGAGCUUAUUAAAAUUGAAAACCAUGUGCUCCGCUAAAGACAUUGCUCAUGAAUAAAAGCAAUGGCCCAUUACCCUGGAACUAACACCAUAUGUGAGCCUGUCUCCCGUCUGUUCUGAGGUCGCCUAAGACUCCCACCACAGGGGGUCCAGGGAGUCCGGGUGCAAGGGGGGCCUGACCACCGCAGGUCAUGCUGGCUGUUCCUUCCACAUGGCUUCAGCUUCUGCCCAGAUGAACAGGCAGUGCCCGGCACAGCCCUUUACACAAAAGCAAAGCACUUCUAAGUAGAGGCCCCCUGGAGGAAACAAGAAAUCAAGAAGCCAGCUGACCUGCAAGUCGCUCCAACUCUGCCAAGUCCGGUUUGCCAAUGUGUGCUAGAAUCCUGCAUCUCGUUCUUCAUCUCAUCCCAAAACGAGGUGGGGAGGUGUGCUCAUCCUUAAGGAAAGAGAAGGCGUGAGGGAACGUGACUGGAAAGCUCACUUUUUCCUGCGUGUUACUUGAAGGGGAGCACAGCUGGUUAUCAUAGGAUGGGGGAGGGGGCUUCAGAAAGUUCAUGAGAAAAAGGAGAUUUUCCCCUCCCCUCCAAUAUUAAUGAUUGGUUUGCUAUUUGAAACAAAAAAAUAGGUUUGAAUUGGUAACUGACAAAUUGCAGCUAGACUAGGUAGGACAAGUGAGGUCAUUUCUUCUUGCUCUGCUACUUCCUGGUCCUCCCUUUUGUUCCCCCCACCCCACCCCCAGCCCCGCCACUUGCCAUUCAUUUCUUGCUCAAGGUGGAGAUGAAUCCAAAAAGCCCUGGAGCAGUUUCUUCCCAGAGGCUGUGGAAAUGACCUUAAGGAAAUGACCAUUGAUGAAAAGUUGCAUUUGAGAAGACCAGGUCCCAAGCUCAGCUCCCCUCUCAAUGCUGUGCACUGAUUAGGACCGACCGCCAUGCUCCCUUGCUAACUGGGAUCCAGGCUUCUCUUCUGACUCCCCCUCAUGCAUGUGUCUGUGUGCACGGGGUUAUGGGUUUGGUUAGAAUGCAUCCAGAGAGAAGUGUAUAAAAUCCAGUGGGUCUUUUAAA